CCCCCUUUUAUACAUUACCGUCGUUUGAAAUCCUAAAUGUGCAUUAACCAUAGAAUUUUAUAUUUGAUUAUUAAGGUUGACAUUAAAUUGCUUGCCAAUUAAAGUGGAACGUUAUUUUUUAUGCCGUGACGUGGCGCUUGACUCAUAGAUCUUUUUGUAGAUUUCAGCGUGACUUUAACCAUCAAGUAUUUAGUUUAAGAACAUUUUCGGAUGAUACAGACUUAGUUUCAGUUAAACUUAAAGUUUAGACCUGAGCGUAAAAAUGCCGAAGAAAAGAACAACUAAAGCUGCAACGGAAAAAGGCAUUAAGAAACCUUACUCGAGGUCAGUUGACAGUGGCACAUCUAGUGCUGGUAGUUCAACGUCACAAAAGAGAUCGGCAAACUUAACCUGGUUUCUUAAAAUAUACAAAGGUCUGGACGAUUGGCAUCUUUCAAUAUUUAAAGCUACGCAACAGUGCACAAAAGCGAAGACUGUUUUGUAUCCAGGAAGUGACAAGCACUUGACUGCUUCUCUUUGUUUUCCAGACGUUACUUAUGUUGAUUGCAACAAGAAAUUGGAACCAAUCUUUAAUGAUGAUAAAGUUCUUGGAUGGGUCCAUGAGAACAAGCUGUACAGUGAAGAAGCGAAAAUAAAGUUCUUGUGCAAAAAUUUCGAAUCAAAUUUCGCAAAGCUAGCGUCUUUCGAUCUGAUGAUAUCUGCAUGUGCCGGGAUCGUUUCCAAGUCUUGUUGCAAAUAUGUGAAAUCAGGUGGUUAUUUCCUCGUCUCGGAUGCCCACUUUGAUGCUAGAGCAACAUUUCUGAGACAGGAUUUCGAGUUAGAGGGAGUGUAUGAUAUGGAAACAAGCAAGUUCCUAACAGGUGAAAAUGAUCUAGCAGGACACUUUCAUACCAAGGAAGGAAAGCCUUUAACUAAUACUGAAGUUGAAGAAAGUAUGCAGAAACCUAAAGCUAGACGGUCCUUUAAACUUCAAAAGGAAGCAAUGUUUUACCUGUUUAAGAAGACCAAGUAACUUUUCUUGCUUGUAUCACUGCAUAUGCAUGAUUCUUUGAUUGUGAAUUCGGAGACAGUAUAGAUUAUAAAAUACUCGAUUUCUUAGGAAAGCAACCUUUUACCAACUCCAUAUUCCGACCAAAGAUCAUGUUCAUGUACAUCUAAACUUGACAUAACCAUACAUAUUAUACAUGUAUAUACUUUGUAUAACUAUACAUAUUAUUUUUGCUCUGCAUUAAUUAUUUUGAGGUUUGUAGAUGUAAUUAAAUGCAUAAGAAUA